AUCCGUCCUUCCACGCCUUACCAUAUCUGCAAGCUUAUAAAUGUUGGGAUACGUUCUAUCGCCUACUAUCUGCCGGACCACAUCGUAUCCCACAAGUUGAUUUUGCAGGUGUUAAUUGAGACGGUUUGGGAGAAUACAAGCGUAGGUUGUGCCGACGAUGUUGAGCAGCGAGAUUGCGCGAUAAUUUUCACAGAGCUGGCUGUUCCCCUUUCGCUUGUAGAAGUGAACAAUUGUGACGUCUAUGAAGUCCUGGAGGACUUGACCUGGUCGCCACAUCUCUAG